UCCACGAUCUGCCUGCCAUGGUGCUCUCCGCAAAGUCGAUCCUGCAAGUGCUAUUGCUCGCGGGCAUCCUGCUCUCAUGGGCCACGUUCGACUACAUCUCCAAGGCUCUUAUGAGGGGGAAGAACACUUUACGCAUGAGCUUCGGCAGCGAAAAAAUGCCAAAGUCGGUUCAUGUCGGAGAAGUCUUCAACGUCACACUGGAGUACACUGCCACGGUUGGCACGACCUCGAGCUACAUCAACACCACGGUCCAUAUGGCUCUCCGCUGCGCCGGAAACAAAGACGGAGGCAUCACCUUCCACAGCGAGCCCUUCAUCAUCAACACCAAGCACGGAGUGCUGUUCUUUGAGUAUCCGAUCACCGAGGCCGACCUGCGACCCGACCUCGGCUCGGCUCUGUGCUAUAUGAGUAUGAGCUUCGACUACGCAUCGACCGAUCAGUCGCUCGACAGCCGCACCCCGCGUAUCUACUCGUUCGACCACAUGUCGUCGCUGUUCAAGGUUUCUCGGGCUGAGCGCAAGUUCAAGAUUCCCAAGAAGGCCAAGAAAGUGGUUACGCUUGGAGCCAAAACGGCAUCGACGAGCUCGACUGCCUCGGCCGCAUCGACCGUCUCGGUUGCGUCACCUGCCUCGGCCAAGGCUCCGCAGAUCGUGACCACCGUCAUCUCCGAGGUAGUGCACGAGUCUGUCGAGGUGCAGAUUCCCGAGAUUGACGAGGCCCUGCGGCUGUGGCUGCGAAAGAUCCCGAGCGGCUAUGCGACCGACCCAAAGACGCCUGUAGUCCUGAAGGUAUCCGAGUUUGCGGUCGAGCACCCCGACAACUGGGUCCUGGAUACGGGAUCGCAUCUUUCGCUCUCGACCGUGGCCAUGAUCAUUGUCGGCUUUUAUGCCCUCCGCUUCCUCCUGAAGCUGUCCAAGGUCCAGCGCUUCUUGGGCAAGCUGAGCGCCCUGUUCUUUGAUUGGCUCCACCAGGACAUCCAGGCCUCGAUUGCUCCUCCGAAGCGCCCGAAUCAGCGCCAAUGAGACACCACGCCGCCGGAUUCGUCCGCCGAUUUCCUUUUUGGGCUGCUCGCCGUGUCUGUCCAGCCCUUGCCCCUCCCCCUCCCCCUCCCCUCGUCGAUGCCCUUGCUUUGAGGCCCUGGCGAACUUCGCCGCCCUUGCGCCUUGCGUGGUC